GGAAGUGAUCGAGGUGGGCAGGGCGCAUGCGCAAACAGUAGCCGGAAGUGGGAUUGUGUGUGCUUGUUGGCACUCUUAUUUCUUUUUCUGUCACAUCUACGAUUCCAAGCUGUUAUUGCAAGGAUACGUGAUCCAUGACGGCUUGUCCCAGCCAUGGCUAUUGUGUCAUGGAAGGAGGUUUUACUUCUGACUGGACUGGUGCUGGGAUGUUACUGGAACAGUCUGUCAUGUGGGUUUGUAUUUGACGACGUCUCAGCCAUCCUUGACAACAAGGACCUAAGGCCGUCGACCCCUGUAAGGAAUCUCUUCCUGAAUGACUUUUGGGGAACUCCCAUGGCAGAGGAGCGCAGUCAUAAAUCCUACCGGCCUCUGACGGUGCUCACCUUCCGACUCAACUACCUUUUGAGUGAGCUGAACGCCGCCUCCUACCACAUGUUCAACGUCGUGCUCCACGUUAUCGUCUGCGCACUUUUCCUGCGCGUGUGUCGCUUGUUCCUGGACAGGACGUCCGGCUUGGUGGCGGCGCUGCUCUUUGCCGUGCACCCCGUCCACACGGAAGCUGUGACGGGCGUGGUUGGCAGAGCUGAACUCUUGUCUUCAAUCUUCCUCCUGGCCGCGUUCCUGGCCUUCACCAAGUCCACAGGCACAGACCGCUCUAUCGUUUGGGCUCCCGUCGCUCUGACUGUGGUCCUGGUGGCCGCAGCAACCCUGUGCAAAGAGCAGGGCAUCACCGUGGUGGGCAUCUGCUGCGUCUACGAGGUCUUCGUGGGACAAGGGUUCACUUUACCCGUGUUGCUGGACACGCUGCGCCAAGCGCUGCAGGGCAAAGGCGCUUUCCCUUACGGCGUCCUCCAAAUGCUGCUCAAGCUCAUUGUCCUGGUCAUCACCACGCUGCUGCUCGUCAUCGUCCGCGUGCAGGUCAUCCAGUCCCAGCUGCCCGUCUUCACCAGAUUUGACAACCCGGCAGCCGUGAGCACCACCCCCACCAGACAGCUGACCUUCAACUACCUACUUCCUGUCAACGCAUGGCUCCUGCUCAACCCCUCCGAGUUGUGCUGCGACUGGACCAUGGGCACCAUCCCGUUGGUGGAGUCCGCCCUGGACCGGCGCAACUUGGCGACCGUGGUCUUCUACGUGCUGGUGGGCCUGCUGGCGUACAGCAGCGUCACUUGCCAGCACAGCUCUGCCAAGACCGUGGUCAUGGCCUUGUCUCUGAUGGUCCUUCCCUUCAUCCCCGCGUCCAACCUCUUCUUCCCCGUGGGAUUCGUGGUGGCAGAGAGAGUUCUUUACGUUCCCAGCAUGGGCUUCUGCGUGCUGGUGGCUCACGGAUUCAAGAUGGCCUCACACACGGGGUUCCUGAAGAAGAUUUCCUGCUUGAUGAUUGGACUCCUGCUCACCACGCACGCAGUCAAGACUUUCAACAGGAAUUGGGACUGGGAGUCGGAAUACACUUUGUUCACGUCGGCUCUGAAGGUCAACAAGAACAACGCCAAGCUGUGGAAUAAUGUCGGCCAUGCACUGGAGAACCAAAACAAUUACGCCACAGCACUGCGCUAUUUUCUGCAGGCCACCUUUGUGCAGCCAGAUGAUAUCGGUGCGCACAUGAACGUGGGGAGAACCUACAAGAACCUGAACAAGUCCAGAGAGGCAGAAGAUGCCUACUUGGUUGCCAAGUCCCUCAUGCCGCAGGUCAUUCCUGGCAAGAAGUACGCCACACGCGUGGCCCCCAACCACCUCAACGUGUACAUCAACUUGGCCAACCUGAUCCGCGCCAACCAGUCUCGGCUGGAAGAGGCCGACCAACUGUACCGCCAAGCCAUCAGCAUGAGGCCCGACUUCAAGCAGGCGUACAUCAGCAGGGGGGAGCUGCUCCUGAAGAUGAACAAGCUGACGGAGGCGAGGGACGCCUACCUGCGCGCUCUGGAGCUGGACGGCACCAACGCAGACCUGUGGUACAACCUGGCUAUCGUCAACAUCGAGAUGAAGGAGCCCUCGGAGGCCCUGAAGAACUUCCAGCACGCCCUGCAGCUCAGCCCCAGACACAAGCUGGCGCUCUUCAACUCCGCCCUCCUCAUGCAGGAGUCAGGCGAGCCCAAGUUCUGGGCGGAGGCCAAGCGUCGGUUCCUGACCUACGUGGAGGAAGAGCCUGAGGACGCCAAUGGCUACUUCAACCUGGGCAUGUUGGCCAUGGACUCCAAGGAGGACUCUGUGGCGGAGCGCUGGAUGCUGAAGGCGGUCUCCCUGCAGCCCGGCUUCCGCUCGGCCCUCUUCAACCUGGCCCUGCUCUACUCUCAGUCGGAGCGCCAGCCGGACGCGCUGCCCGUGCUGGACGAGCUGCUGAGUCAUCACCCCGAGCACGUCAAGGGUCUGAUCCUGAAGGGCGACAUCCUGAUGAACCACAAGAAGGACACGCGCGGCGCCAAGACCUGCUUCCAGCGCAUCCUGACCAUGGACCCGGGCAACGUGCAGGCCAAACACAACCUGUGCGUGGUCUACUUCGAGGAGCGAGACCUGCCCGCAGCAGAGCGCUGCCUGGAGGAGACGCUGGCCCUGGCACCCCACGAGGACUACGUCCGCCGCCACCUCGCUAUCGUCAGGGGCAAAAUGGCGGCCAUGAGCGCCGCCGGACAUCCGCCGACUGCCCAGGAGAAACCCUCGCCGGCGGAGGAAGGGGUGCGGCAGGAAAGUCCAAACCAGAAGAAUGUGAGGAAAUCCUCGCCAGGAAGCCAGGAGGACGUAGACCAAUCAGAGCCUGACCAACGGACUAAAAUCCAGACCAGCGAUAUCGAACAGAAGCGAGCAGCCGCCUUGAAGAGGCUGGAAGACAUCGAGCGCAUUUUGACCAGCGACUGAUGUGGGUCUUGUCUUCAAGGUCACGCGUGGGUCUUGUCUUCAAGGUCACGCGUGGGUCUUGUCUUCAAGGUCACGCGUGGUUCUUGUCUUCAAGUUUUAACACUUAUUUUUCUUUUAGACUAACCUAGCUCAGACACAAUCACGCUUACCACCACACACACACACACACACACACACACACACACACACACACACACUUUCUGCACGCUCAAACACAUGCACACAAUUUCUGCUCCCAUUCACACACACACACACACUCACGUUCUGCACACACACUUUCUGCACAUUUAAACACACAAUUUCUGACAGCAUACACACAUUUACACACUUUCUGUACACAAUCCCUCUCUGCUCACACACAUUCUGCACACACACACUUUCUUCUGCACGCUCAAACACACACACGCAAUUUCUGCUUCCAUACACACACACGCACACACACACACACAAUGUUCUGCUCACACACACACAUAUACACACUUUCUGUACACAGUCCCUCUGUGCUCACAUACUCACACACAUUCUGCAUACUCAAACACACACACACACACAAUUUCUGCUCCCAUACCCACACACAUACGUUCUGCAUGUACACACACGCAUACACACACUUUCUGUACACAAUCCCUUUCUGCUCGUACAGUCACAUGCACGCUCAAACACACACACACACACACAUUCUGCUCGCAUACACACUUAGUGUACACAAUCCCUUUCUACUCACACACUUUCUGCUUGCAUACACACUUAGUGUACACAAUCCCUUUGUGCUCACACACUUUCGGCACACACGCACUUUCUGCAUGCUCAAACACACACAAUUUCUGCACACACACACUCACACACACAUUGUUGCAUACACAGACGCUCACACACACACACACACACAUACACGUAUACACACUUUCUGUACACUAUCACUUUCUGUUCACACACACUUUCUGCUCACACAAACACUUUCUGUACACAAACACUACUUGCCUACACACCACUUUCUGCUCGUACACACACACACACACUUUCUGCUCACGCGCACACACACACUUCCUGCUCACAUGCACAAAUACAGUAAUACACACACACUUGAGCGCCCACACACACACUUCCUGCUCACGUGCACACAUGCACACACACACACUAACUUUAUGCUCACACAAACACUGCUCGCAAACACACACACACACACGCACGCUUCAGCGCCAACACACACACACUCCUACACACACUUUCUGCUCACACAUAUACAAACACUGCAUAACACACACACACACACACCUACACACACGCUCACACACACACACACACUCACGUUACGCUCACACACACACGCACUUUCUGCUGGCAUACACACACACACACACGCAUUUUCUGCUCACACAAACACUUUCUGUACACAAACACUACUUGCCUACACACCACUUUCUGCUCGCACACACACCUACACACACUUCCUACUCAGGUGCACAAAUAAACACACGCCUACACUUACACACACGCCUACACACACUUUCUGCUCACACAAACACUUUCUGUACACAAACACUGCUUGCAAACACACACACACCUACACACUUCUGCUCACACAUACACUUUCUGUACACACACACACACACACACCUGCUCGCACACACACCUACACACUCUUGAGCGCAAACACACACACACACACACACACACACACACUGGACAAUGCAAGGAAAGCGCAAAGAUGAAGAUUUGUCCAAAAGAACACAACAUGGUGGACUUAUCACAAUUGAUCUCCUGUGGCACUUCCUGUCCGUGCGCGAGCUACUUCCUGUGCAGCCACGUGACGUCGUUGUGAUCUGAUUGUUUUCCUGGCGCUCGCCCUGUCAUGGCGCCCAGCAGUCCCCGCCCACACAGGAAGGCAAGGUUAAAGACAUAAUACUCUACAUUGUACAUCAUCAACAUUUCUUCUUAUUUAUUUGUCCACAACUCUUCACUUCUGCAGUUUUGAUACCAGCGGACAGCGGACACCACAGUAGCGGAGCAUGCACACCACAAUAAAGGCCACAGCUCAGCUUUU